CUCCCUUGACAUCAAAUGUCCCUCUCGGCCUCUGAUGACUUGCAGAUCAAUCUUUUCGGACAAGGAGAAGGUGUUCUUACAUUCUCUUUCGGAUGCCGUCAUAUCCGGAGAAUCCCAGGGUGGAGGCAUACAUCCUUUCAUGUCCUCCAACCCAACCACAUUGUUAUACUUUGAGUCCAUUGCAGUUGAAGAGGUAAUUACGAACGAAAGCACAAUAAGAAUGUUUCGAGCCAAAAAAUCAGACCGAUAUUUAGUCUUUUAGUUUUCGAUGCCUCCCCUCAUCACAAUAUUCACAACCUUGCUCUCAACCUCGGAGUUGGCCUUAUGCACCUGGACCGAAAGAGUUGCUCAAAUGGCUGGUUGCGAGCGUAUGCAGAAGAGAACCACCUGCCACAAUCUGCAGUCACAGAAUUUCCUCGAUGCGCGAUAAACAUAACUAAUCUCUAUCGGUGGAUCUACACACCACACCAUAAACAAAACACCCACACACUUUCUGGUGGCUUCACAGUUUGCCGAACUGGAGUUGGGCUUACGAGAAGAUAGCUGGGACCCAGAGAGAAAUAAAUUCCCUGGAGAAUGAGAACAAUAUGAAAUUGGCAAAUAUCUCAUAAAAGAAAGGCGAAAUCCAUGACCUGUCCUGCUGGUUAACAUAUGAAGAAAUACCGCCCAUGUGUAAAGUCAGGCGCCAGCGUGGCAAAUAUCUCAUAGUAUCUCAUAUGUAGGCCAGCUGCUCACCGCCUAGUGGCCUAUACCCCUAAGCUGAUAUCGAGAAAUGCCACUGUUGCACUGAACCUAAGUUUUUGGAGUAUUUCAGACAUAUCCUGACUGGGCUUCAGUUGAAAUAUGGCCUGCCAACAAGUCCUUGAAGGACGAUAUAUCGACCCUACGAGGCUGAAAAUUGUUCUGGAUAGACUGUUUGGAACGAGAGGAAACUACUUUGUGCGAGUAAGCAACGCCACCAGCCCCUCCGCUUGACAUGGCGAUAAUAGCCGGUGAGGCAUAUACGCUAACCCAUACCUCAGUUGCAGUUGAACUGCUGGAUCUUGACAGUUCCCAGAAAGCUCACUGAGGUUUGUCUCCGUCAUUCGCAGUUCUCACCUCCCAAGCCCCCAGGCUGAGCAACUCCCAGGAGCAAAUCGAAAGCUGCUAUUUCGAGUCCCAUUAGCAUUAUAUGGAGAUGAAAGAGUUAUGGAAGAAUGGAUACGAAACGAGGAAGAUUUACACCUCAACAAGAGCAGCACAGCAUCGCUUGUAUAUCAUCUCAACACCCUCGAGAGAAAGUUUAGAAGGUAGCAGUCAUGAGGGAGAUUUUAACGAGCAAACCUAAUGCAACCAUAUGGAAAAAUACAUUCCCACUUGUCUUAGAUUCCUACCGCUUGAAGAUGCCACAGAACAAUGACUACCUCUUGUCAAAUACUCCGGAUCGGCCUCUGCUUUCCUCAUCAUCUUUCGCAAUCUAUCAUUUACCUCCACACAAGACAUACGUUCAGAGACACCCACCACCAACAUGCCCUGGGAAAUAAGGUCCAAAAGAUCCCUAACAAGUUCAGAGCAGUUUGGAUCCCCACGGAGGUCCUCUAUCCAUUGUUGAACAGACCUCCGGACAAUGGCUUUGGGUUCAGAACCGCUGUUUUUCGUCUUUACGAUAUCGUAGUAUUUCUGGUCACCCCUCCCUUCUCUUGAGGUCAAAUAGCGCACCCGAUUAAAAUAUGUGAGCUUUUGCCAGCCUCGGAGGCGCCAGAUGAGCAAUUCGAGAAACAAGCACCCCAGACUCCAGAUAUCGUACUUCCGUGUUAUCACUUUGCACAAGGCUCUCUCUGGUGGUUCAUAAGAUGGCGACCCAUUAAUCUUGUCAGAAACAAUAAAGGAUCUCGUGAGUCGCCUGUGAAGAUACGUUAGCCCGAAAUCAGCUAUUAGUAGGGCACCUGGAUCAGCAUUAUAUUCAGGUUUUUUGUCCACUUCCGGAGAAAGAAGGAUGUUUUCGGGUUUGAUAUCACCGUUCCUUCCGUACACACGCUCGUAUUCUUCAAAAUGGGGCAAGGGCUCCUGAGUAUUUCGAUACUCGUGGAUUUUGUGAAGAGCGGAGACGAUUGCUUUACAUUGUUCCAGCAUCCACAGAACUGAGCUUUUGGAGAAAUCGGGGCGUGGAUUUUGCCGCCAAAACUGUCGCAAAUUUGACUUUGCAUACGGAAAAAGUAAGUAAUACUCUUGUUUGUAACUAAAAGUACAAAGUAGUCUGAUAAGGUUUGGAUGUGGUUGUAGACUAAAUGCUAUGUGCACUGCUACCUCAACUUCGAAUUCUUCUUUGCUCUUUGAAUGGAGCUUCUUAAGGGCGAACGAGUUUGUGAAACCCUGUUUUCAUUAA